AUGGACGCAAACACCGAUAAGAUUGUGCUGAUCCGUGCUCCACAUUUGAGCAACAAGUUUGAGGCUUCCACAGUCAAGUUUGAGCGAAGCACUGAGUCCGACCUGACCACCUUCAUCAAGGAGAAUUACCAUGGCUUGGUUGGUCAUCGUACCCAGGACACUUCGCGGGACUUCCAGAACCCCCUGAUCACCGCCUACUACAGCGUCGACUACCAAAAGAAUCCCAAGGGCACCAACUACUGGCGCAACCGUGUCCUGAAGGUGGCCAAGGAAUUUGCCGGCCAAAUUAGCUUUGCCAUCAGCUCCGAGGACGACUUCCAGCACGAAUUGAACGAAUACGGCUACGAUUUUGUUGGUGACAAGCCCACCGUUUUGGCCCGUGAUGCCAAGAAUCUCAAGUACUCUCUGAAGGAUGAGUUCUCCGUGGAGAACCUACAAGAUUUGGAGCCAUAUGUCAAGAGCGAGCCCGUCCCAGAGUCGAACGAUACUCCGGUCAAGGUGGUUGUAGCUAAGAACUUUGACGAUCUGGUGAUCAACAACGGCAAGGACACGCUCAUUGAGUUCUACGCCCCAUGGUGCGGCCACUGCAAGAAGCUGACUCCCAUCUACGAGGAGCUGGCCGAGAAACUGCAAGACGACGAUGUGGUCAUUGUCAAAAUGGAUGCCACGGCCAACGAUGUGCCACCAGAGUUCAAUGUGCGUGGAUUCCCCACACUCUUCUGGCUCCCCAAGGACUCGAAGAAUAAGCCCGUAAGCUACAACGGGGGUCGCGAGGUCGAUGACUUCAUCAAAUACAUUGCCAACGAGGCGACCACAGAACUGAAGAGCUUCGACCGUGACGGAAGGCCCAAGAUGACCGAGCUCUAAGCUCCAGGCUCUAAUCUUAACUCUUACUGCUAGCUGCGUCGUUAAUGUGGUGUAGUGGCGGUGUAACUAGCAUUUCCAUAUUUUUGUAAAAGUCGAAUGCAUUCUCUUCAAAUUCUUGA